AUGUCCUUGAGUCCAUCAGAGAUCCUGUUUCACAUCAUGAUCAACUUGAAACGAUACUUGAUGGCCUUCCUCCGUGUCUAUCUUUGGCUGUCCAUCAUUCAAUAUCGUGAUGAACCUUGUGCACUGAUUGUGGCUGAAACAAUGCUCUUGUCUCAUGAAGCACGACUUGAUCGAACUCCUCGCACACCAAUUCAAGAACCUCUUUCAGUAAAUCUAACUCAAGGUAGUGUAUCUCCUUCUUCACCUUACUACCAACUGCAUAUGAAGUUCAAUCCGAAGUGCUUAGUCAGGACAAUGUGCAGCACUUCGAUAGUACUCGUGGAGGUCGCUCCAAUGGUUUUGAGGUGGUGGCAGAUAUGCCGGCAGAGCUAG